AUGCGGUCCCUGAACAUCACCCCGGAACAGUUCGCGCAACUCCUGCGCGACAACAACGUAACCCGCGAGCAGUUCAUCGCGCUCUAUGGGCUCCAGCCGCUGGUCUACAUCCCGGAGCUACCCGAGCGCGCCAAGCUGGCCUUCAUCCUCACUUGCGCGGCCAUAUUCGGCCUGGCGCUCUUCGGGAACUGCCUGGUGCUCUUCGUGGUGACCCGCCGCAAAGCCAUGCGUACCGUCACCAACAUCUUCAUCUGUUCGCUGGCCCUCAGCGACCUGCUCAUUGCUUUCUUCUGCGUCCCUUUCACUUUGCUGCAGAAUAUCUCCAAUAAUUGGCUGGGAGUUUCUCCUAUUUCUGCUAAUGACUGGACUAGUAGUGUACAGAAUAGAAUGACAAAUAUUGACCAGCAAUGCAUCAACAAUAAAGUAAUAAGUAUAUGCAUUCAAAAGACUUUGGACUACAUGAACAUUCUUCUCAUUGUUUUGAAUCUUCUGAGAGUACAUGAAAAAAGUUUUAUCUCACCUUUCAUUUUGAUCAUGUUACAUAUACUGGUAAUGUUAAAAACAACUACCAAGUGCCAAUGGCCCAAAUAUUAUUUUAAUUUCCUGUGUUGUUUUUGUCAAAUCACUAACAACUAUUUACUUUUAGGCAUUGUUUGGCUGUUGGCUGCUGCUGUUGGUUCACCAAUGUGGCAUGUACAAAGAGUGGAGAAUAAAUAUGACUUCCUUUAUGAAAAGAAAUAUGUUUGCUGCUUGGAAGAAUGGCCAAGUCCUGUCCACCAAAAAAUUUAUGCCACUUUCAUUUUGGUCAUUCUUUUUCUUCUCCCAUUGAUGCUGAUGAUGUUGCUGUAUAGCAAGAUUGGUUAUGAGCUCUGGGUUAAAAAAAGAGUUGGAGAUGCUUCUGUUCUCAAGAGCAUUCAUGCAAAUGAGAUGUCUAAAAUUUCUCGAAAAAAGAAGCGAGCAAUCAUGAUGAUGGUGACUGUUGUGGUUUUGUUUGCUAUUUGUUGGACACCUUUCCAUGUAAUGCACAUGUUGAUAGAAUACAGUAAUUUUGAAAGCGAAUAUGAUGAUGUCACUAUUAAGAUGAUAUUUGGAAUUGUUCAGGUAAUUGGAUUUGCUAAUUCUAUUUGCAAUCCAAUUGUAUAUGCCUUUAUGAAUGAGAACUUCAAGAAGAACUUUCUUUCUGCCAUUUGCUUUUGCAUUAUGAAAGAAAACUUGUCUCCAUUCAGACAACACAAAAACUUGAAAAUCACAGUGAUGCAGCAUGAGGAAGGGGUCUGUAGAAGAGAGUUGGUCUCCCUGGAAGAGACUAGAAGAGAAGCAUUCAGUGAAGGGAACAUUGAAGUAAAAUUCUGUGAUCGAUCCUUUCCUAAAAAAACCUCCGGAAGACACCUCGCUUUGUCCUCAUCAGAAUUCACUGGGCACACGUCUCUGGAAUCCUAG